ACUUGAGUUUAAUAACUCCUCCAUUAAAUUUGGGAUCGUUCCAUGGACAACAUUGGGUAGACAUGGACAAUUUGGAUCCUCUAAAGAAAACUUUUGGCCAAGAAAACAACGCCUUUCAUGUUGCAGUACUAGGUGAAGCUAAUCCCAAAGAUUUACCAGUGCAGAAAUUGCUACUAUCCCAUUCCUUGCUUGCCUUUCAGCCAAACAAGAAAGGCGACACCCCGCUACAUUUGGCGGCCAAGUUGGGGAAUGAAAGUUUCGCAGUGGUUCUGAUAGAUCAUGCAAAGACAUUAGGCCAUGAUGGUGACUACAGAAAUCUGCUGAGGAAGGUGAAUUAUGAGAAGGAGAACACAGCACUUCAUGAAGCUGUGAUCAACGGUCAGUUUGAAAUUGCUAAGUGGUUGAUUCGAGAAGAUCCGACAUUGACAUCUUUGGUGAAUAAGGCAGGGGAAUCUCCUCUGUUUCUUGCUGUAGAGGGACGUUUUUAUGAGAUUGCUUCUAUCAUUUUGGACACUACUUUUCCUGAUUGCUCUGUGUUAGGAGGAAAUGGCAUGACUGUCAUGCAUGCUGCUGUCAUUCGUUCUUGCCCUUUAUUUGAUGCAAGGCUGCUUUCAAGAAAUGUUACCAGGACCAAGGAUUUUGAUGAAUUUGUUAAGAAGGUGUUAGAGAGAUGUGGAUCCCAGAUUUUGGAAAAAGCAGAAGAUGAGUUAGGAUGGACUCCUCUUCACUAUGCUACAAACUUGGGACAUUCAACCAUGGUUAAACUAUUCUUGGAAGCUAAAAGAUCAGUUGCUUAUAUCAAAGAUAAACAAGGCAUGACAGCUCUUCACAUCGCGGCAAGGAAAGGACAUAUUGAAGUGAUGAAGGAAUUGUUUGAAGAAUGUUCAGAUAUUGGUGAGAUUUUGGACAAUAAAGAUCGAACUGCACUUCAUAUUGCUGCUGAACACAAUUGUCAUUCUGUCAUACAUACUUUAGUGAAAGAGAGAGGUUUCACUUAUCUUAUAAAUGAGCAAGACAAUGAAGGAAAUACAGCUCUACAUGUUGCUGCUAUUCAUUCUCAUUAUGGAAUUAUGAAUCGUUUGACAAAUAAUACUUUGACAAACAAGAGAAUGACCAAUAAGAUGGGGAUGACUGCGUUUGAGAUUCUUCUCAAAUCAACAGUUUUUGCUAGUUUUAUUGGAAAGGUAUGUCUUCUAAUUCUUGUUGAAGAGUCCGACAUUAAUAAUCUAUGA